GAGAAACCUUAUGAAUGUAAUCAAUAAGGAAAGACUUUUACAUGGAAAUGUGAUCUUGUUACACAUGAAAGAAUUCACACUGGAGAGAAACUGUAAGAAUGUAGUCAGUGCAGAAAGACUUUUACAUGUAAGCGCAGUCUUGUUAAACAUAGAGCAAUCCACACUGGAGAAAUGCCUUAUAUAUGUAAUCAAUGUGGAAAUGGUUUUACACAGAGAAUUGGUGUUUGUUAUUGCUCAUCAGAGACCCCACACUGGUGAGAAACCUUUUGAGUGUACCCAGUGUAGAAAGGCUUUUAAACAGAAGGCCUCUUUUACUAAACAUCAGAGAAUCCACACUGGAGAGAAACCUUAUGAAUGUAAUCAAUGUAGAAAAGCUUUUAAAUGCAAGGAAAGUCUUGUUACACAUCAGAGAAUCCACACUGGAGAGAAACCUUAUGAAUGUAAUCAGUGUGGAAAGGUUUUUAUAACAAACACUACUCUUAUUCAACAUGAGAGGAUCCACACUGGAGAGAAACCU